AUGUCCAAUUCAAGUAUCAAAAAAGUGGUCGUCGUCGGAGCGACCGGCAGUGUUGGAAGAUCAACAGUCAAGGCCCUGCUGGAUGAAGGAUUUCAAGUCACCGGCAUCACUCGCGAGACAUCAAAAGCAACAUUGCCAGAAGGUGUGACACACAUCAAAUCUGAUUGGUCCGAAGCAUCACUGCACGAAGCUUUCAAGAACCAAGAUGCAGUCAUUAGCACAAUUGGCAGCAUCACUCCUGGAGAGGCGUUUGCUCUUCAGAAGCCACUUAUCGAUGCUGCCAUAGCGGCUGGUGUAAAGAUCGUCUUCCCAUCCGAAUACGGCAUCGACACUUCGGACCCUUCUGCGCAAGAAUAUAUCCCGUUUCUUGCGGAUAAGAUCCAGACUCUCGACUACUUGAAGAAGAGGCAAGACUUAAUCUCGUGGACAGCGGUAGUCUCAGGGUCAAUGUUCGACUGGGGUUUGGCUAUCCCUGGCUUUGGAGGAUUGAAUAUCUCCGAGGGCACUGCCACAAUCUUUGACGGGGGCGACAUUCCCUAUGAAGCGACAAAUUUAUCCCAAGUCGGCAAGGCUAUAGCGAAGUGCUUGAAGAAGCCAGAGCUUAUCAAGAAUCAAUAUGUCUACGUGAACAGUUUCACGGUCACGCAAAAUCGUGUCUUGGCAGCUAUUGAAAAGGCAGCCGGACAGAAACUCACAAUCUCGGAAAGUACUGUCGACGCGUUAUGGGCAGAUGGAGCUGAAAGGUUUAAGGCUGGGCAGCCGAUGGGGGUUCUGGCUAUGAUUGCUGGAGCUAUCUAUGGAAAAGGGGGAUUGGCACAAUAUUCUACGACAAAAGGGCUAUGGAAUGAGAGAUUAGAGUUGCCACAAGAAGACUUGGAUGAAGUCGUGAAGCAAUAUCUAGCUAGAAGUAAUUAA